AUGAAAGUCAUCAAACCCAUUGAACCUCCUGGGGCUCGUCACGAACUAGAUGAGCGGGUGAAUGACCCGAUUGAACCUACUGUUGUCAUCAAUAUCCUGGGUACCCUCACUGCCAAACCAUUACUUGUGAUCCCGUCUACGGUGAAGAUCUUAGCUGAAAUUGAUAAAGCCCAACCCAUUGGCAACAUUGAGAUCGUCUAUCCUACACCAGAAUCAAAAACUAGCAAAAAUAACGACGGCGACGAGGAAGAGGAAGACUAUGAUGAGGAUGCCCAGUUAUACAAGGCGAUGGCGGCCCGGGCGUCGGCACCAACCAAGAUCUCGAUAUUGGAACACGCUACGUACUUGCUGAUAGUGAUUUCUCCGUUGGCAAACCCCGUGGAGUACAAUUUGAUCGCUCAGAAGAUUGCUGACACUUUCACUACCACCAAGGUGAUUUGUGUUACUCCCUGUGCUAUGGACCAUACGGUGGCGUGGCUCGGUACUCCCGUUAAGGGGCUUCGACAACUUGUACCUCCGGCCUCGAUCACCGGGAUUGGCGCUGCGUUGGCUCUGAGAGUAAAGAACAUUACCAUCUUAGCCGUCAAUGGUGAGGGUCCCCCGGCGUUUGAGCGGGUUCUCCCUGAUGCCGUGGUUGACGUCAGUCACUACCUCCAAAGUUUAGUCCCCAUCGACGCUGAUUACCCCAAAAAAGUGUCUACUGCCAUCCGCAAAAUCACCGACUCCAUGUACCUUUAA